GUAACAUUCAUUGACGGCGUUUGAGUUCAAUUAGUUGAAUUUUCAUUAUUUACGUAGAUAAAUCCUAUGGCUAAGCAUCAUCCCGAUCUUAUUUUUUGUAGAAAGCAACCUGGAGUCGCUAUUGGUCGUUUAUGCGAAAAAUGUGAUGGAAAGUGUGUUAUUUGUGACUCCUAUGUGAGGCCUUGUACUCUUGUAAGAAUUUGUGAUGAAUGUAAUUAUGGAUCUUACCAAGGGAGGUGUGUGAUAUGCGGUGGACCAGGAGUAUCUGAUGCUUAUUAUUGCAAGGAAUGUACUGUUCAAGAAAAAGAUCGAGACGGGUGUCCGAAGAUAGUCAAUCUUGGUAGUUCUAAAACUGAUCUCUUUUACGAAAGAAAGAAGUAUGGCUUCAAAAAAAGAUAAUUUUUACAUAUUGUUUUAUAUGAGUUUUUCUUUAUAUUAAACUUUGUUUCUUUUCAAUCAUUAUGAAUGUAUUUUUCAUUUUUAUAUAUUAAAGUAUGAAUUCAUCGUA